GUAGGGUUUUUCAGCUUCGUCUUCUGAGAAGUGAGAAGUGAUUCUCCGUUCUGCAGCUUGAGCUUGGAACGUAACUGUGUUUGUGUGGCAUAGAAUGGGGAAGACGGGUUACAAGAGACUGAAGGGAAGCCAGAGCUUCAGGCAACGCCUUCUUCUCUCGACUCUCUCUUCCACUCCCAUUCUCAUCGAGGACAUUCGCGCCCACGAGACCUGGCCCGGCCUUCGCAACCACGAGAUUUCGCUCCUCCGAUUGUUCGAAACUGUCUGCGACGAUUGCCACGUCGAAAUCAACGAAACCGGUACCAAGUUGAAGUACAAACCGGGAACUAUCAUGGGUGGCAGACAAUACCGUGCGCACGAUUGUGGCGUCACGCGUUCCAUUGGUUAUUUUCUGGAGCCGCUUAUUGUUCUAUGUUUGUUUGCCAAACAGCCCCUCACCAUUAGGCUCAAAGGAAUUACGAAUGAUUCUAAAGAUCCAUCAGUUGAUACCUUCAAGUCUACUGCUUUACCCAUAUUAAAGCGCUUUGGAGUGCCAUCGGAAGGCUUGGAUAUUAAAGUAGAGAGCCGUGGACUGCCUCCAAAUGGUGGUGGAGAAGUUAUUUUGUCCCUUCCUGUUGUUCAGAGUUUAACGGCAGUUAAUUGGAUUGAUGAGGGUUUUGUGAAGAAAAUUAGAGGGACUACCUUCUCAGCCAGAGUGUCUGUUCAAUUUGAAAAUAGCAUGAUUAAAGCUACCCGAGGAAUCAUCAAUCCGCUCAUUUCUGAUGUGCACAUUUUUUCUGAUCACAGAUCAGGUCCACAGGCCGGAAACUCUCCUGGAUAUGGGAUUUCGCUGGUUGCCGAAACUACUUCUGGUUGCUUCAUCUCUGCAGAUACUGCCGUUUCUCAGGCUAGGGAUGAAGAUACUUCUAGCCUUGCUGAUGAUGCAAAAAAGGACCUAAUGCCUCCAGAGGAUAUUGGUGUGGGAAUUGCUAAUGCUUUACUUGGGGAGAUAACUCAAUGUGGAGUGGUAGAUUCAACACAUCAGGGUUUGUUAUUUCUUCUAUGUGCUCUAUGCCCUCAAGAUGUUUCCAAGGUUCGUGUGGGGAAACUUUCCCAGCAUGGGGUUGAAACUCUCAGAAACAUAAGGGAUUUUCUCAAUUUGAAGUUUAUUAUCAAACCAGAUCCGGACAGUCAGUCUGUUUUUCUGAAGUGUAUUGGUUAUGGCAUGAAGAACCUUUCACGGAAGGUAUCGUAAAUUGGAGUCAACAGCGUUAUAUAGUUCUAAAUACGAGUAUGACAGAAUUGUAAUUUUUAAGAAACUGCUACGGCACCUGAAAAUGAACUCAACAGCAGCUUCAAUAUAUAAUAUCAUGCCAAUGAUUAUGAUGUUC